AUGCCGUCGGAAUCUAAGCCUUUGUUGACAGCCCAAACAGAAAAACCAAAUCAUUAUAAAUAUCUUAAGGAAUUUCGCGUGGAACAGUGUCCGUCGUUCUUACAACAUAAAUGUACACAACAUAGGCCUUUCACAUGUUUCCAUUGGCAUUUUAAUAAUCAGAGACGUAGACGGCCCGUACGAAAACGGGAUGGGACCUUCAAUUAUAGCGCAGACAAUUAUUGCACUAAAUAUAAUGAAACUUCGGGCAUUUGCGAGGAUGGUGACGAUUGCCCCUACUUACAUAGAACAGCAGGUGACACAGAACGACGAUAUCACUUAAGAUAUUACAAGACAUGUAUGUGUGUACAUGAUACAGAUGCUCGGGGCCUCUGCACUAAGAAUGGAGCACACUGUGCCUUCGCACAUGGAGGCCCAGACCUUCGCCCUCCAGUCCUCGAUAUGCGGGAGCUUCAAGCUCUGGAGAACCCUGAUGGAACUGAUGGGGACUCGGCAGCACCAAAUGCCUUAGAUAGAGAACGGAAUUUGAUGAAUGAAGAUCCUAAAUGGCAAGAUACAAAUUAUGUUCUAUCAUCAUAUAAAACAGAACCAUGCAAGAGACCUCCUAGGCUCUGUAGACAAGGCUAUGCAUGCCCCCAAUACCACAAUAGUAAAGAUAAGCGUAGAUCUCCGCGCAAGUACAAGUACCGCAGCACCCCAUGCCCCAACGUGAAGCACGGGGAAGAGUGGGGCGAGCCCAACAAUUGCGAAGCUGGCGACGCCUGCGGCUACUGCCACACUCGCACCGAACAGCAAUUUCACCCAGAGAUCUACAAAUCUACUAAGUGUAAUGACGUGCAGCAAGCUGGUUACUGCCCGCGAGGCCUGUUCUGUGCGUUUGCGCACGUUGAACCUGAGGACCUUACAUCUCGUGACUUGACAGCACCAUUAGAAUGCGGUACCAAUCUAGCCGAACUUUUAUCAUCUGCUUUACCCAACGACAAGAAGAAUGAUGUCAAUAUGCUAACUGGAGCCCUGGGACUCGGCCGCCCUAUCUCUCCACAAGUCCCACAUGCAAACGGCAGCGGCGACGGUUCCGAAUGUGCUUCUACAUCCAGUGGGGGUUCAAUACACCCACCCAGACCAAUACAGACCACGGCCCUUCAAGGAUAUUCUGACCACGAUAAGCCACAACCGUCGUGGCCGCCCCGGGCCACAUUCGACGCCACAGUUCUUCAAGAAGUGGUUGGUAACGCUCUAGAUGACAUCCAUUUGGAUGACCCUCUUAAUUUAGUGGCAUCUUUAGACCGCGACCUAUCAGACGGCGAGGGUUUACUCGGGGGAUCGGCUCCCGUCAACAUCCCCCGACCUACGCUGCGCGGCUUCAGUCCGCCCAGCGGAGGCUCACCGCUUCCUCCGUUUCUGCGGUACGCUACGAGCGACACAGAUAGGUUAUUCAACUCUCACGCCAUUAAGGCCGGUAGCUUCGGCGCCGCGACCAGCGCAUUCGAGUUUGCGGCGACAUCGCCCUCCGCGCCCGCGGAGCUGUCCCGGCUGCGCGAGGAGGUCGUGGCAUCGCGCGCGGCCGCCGCUCGCUGGGACGAACGCAUCGCUCAAGCUCGGUCCGCUUGCGAAGCCUGGCAAAGGGAGUCGGACGAGGCGCAGCGGAAAGCCGUUUUGGCCGAAAGACAACGCGACGAAGCGUUGGCCCACGCGCUAAACCUGAAACGCGAACUGGAAUCGUCUCGCGCGGCCGGACGUCGCGAACUCCGUGGUUUACCGCUGACGGCGUUGAAAGCGCUGCAAGUGCAAGUACGUUCGGACUUGGAGGAAAUUGAGAAAGCGCUUUACCUAGAGACGGCGACCAAGUGUAUGGUGUGCGAAGAACAGCCGCGCAGCGUGACGCUCGCGCCGUGCAAUCAUUACGUGUUGUGCGACAGUUGCGCGGGCACCGCCAAAGAGUGCCCCUACUGCCAGACUCCCAUCCAACACCAUCAGUAG